ACCUCUCAUCCGGACCAAAAGAGAGCAUAUAUAACCUGGCGCCGAUGCCCAAGCAAAGCUUCGCUCCUGUAGCAGAACCUGAGCGUGCGCGGUACACAUCUGAACGCAGCGAGCCCGUGUCCACGACGCCGAUCUGUCCGACGGUGCAGCCUCACAGCCUCUUGGCGGCAUCGGCGGCGGCACACCUCUUUAACGUGAUCGUCGGGACUCGGAUGGGCUUUUGAGCAGUCGCGAUGAUUCCGUUGGGGCUGUGCGCCUCUCUGCUCUUGAGCCGCGUCGAUGGGAAGGCGACGCGCGCACCCAGCCGGGCUGCUGCUGGUGCUGAUGGCAAGUGGCUCGGGGUGCUGCUGCUGCUGUUGAUGGCGCUGUGCGGUGGAAACGGGGCCAGCAUCUUGCCCUAUAAAUUUGCCCACGCCGGCGUCUGCCCCAACGAUCUCAACCCGAACCUGUGGGUGGAUGCGCAGAGCACCUGCAACAGGGAGUGCAACGGAGACCAGGACUGCAUGGCCCUGGAGAAAUGCUGCGACAACGUGUGCGGCCUCAAGAGCUGCGUGACGGCGCGCUUCCCCGAGGGCGAGCCCAUCAUCCAGGACGAUCUGGCCUCGUGCUACUCAUUCCAGUGCCCCCAGCAGGGCGCCGAGUGCGACGUGUGGGAGGGCAAGCCCACGUGCAAGUGCAAGGACCGCUGCGAGAAGGAGCCCAACUUCACCUGCGCCUCGGACGGCCUCACCUACUACAACAAGUGCUACAUGGACGCCGAGGCGUGCGUCAAGGGCGUCACGCUCACCGUCGUGCCGUGCAAGUACUACACCAUGGGGCCCAAGACGAGCCCGAGGCCCAACGAGACCGCCGUCACGCCGGCGACGCUCAACGCUCCCACCACGUACGUGACCCCUAUCCGGCCGGCCCUGGUCGCCAAGCCGGCGCAGCAGUCCGUGUACCUGGGCGGCACUGUGAGCUUCCACUGCGACGUGAGCGGGCAGCCCAAGCCGGACAUCACCUGGGAGAAGCAGGGCGAGGGCGAAAAGAACAUGAUCAUGAGACCCGACCACAUGUACGGCAACAUGGUGGUGACCAACAUCGGCGAGCUGGUCAUCUACAAUGUGAAGCCUCCCAACGCCGGCAUCUACACCUGCACGGCGCGCAAUACAGCGGGGCUGUUGAGGGCCAACUUCCCGCUGUCCAUCAUGCGCAACCCGCACACCUUCAGCAAAGACAUGGAGGAGUUCCCCAUCGAAGAGUGCCUCAAGAUGCCGGACCGCGAAGACUGUGGCGGCAAGACCCAGACGGUGUGGUACUUCGACGUGAAGAGGAACGGUUGCUUCACGUUCUCGCACAGCCAAUGCAACAACAGCCUCAACCGCUUCAUCACCUACGAGGAGUGCAAGAUGGCGUGCAUGACCAACAUCAACAACACAUGCUCGCUGCCCGUGCAGCAGGGACCCUGCAAGCACUGGGCGCUACGCUGGGCCUACAACCCGCUCAUCAAGCGCUGCCAGUCCUUCAUCUACGGCGGCUGCGAAGGCAAUGAGAACAACUUUAAAAGCCAGGAGGUGUGCGAGGAUAACUGUCCUUUUCCGCACGGCCGCCAGUGCAGGGCUUGCAAGUCGCGAAACAAGAUCGCGCGCAGUUUCUGCCUUUCCGAUUUUGCUAUCCUGGGCCGCAUGGCUGAACUGACGGAGGACGGCACCUCGGGGGUGGCGAGGAUCAUCGUGGACGAAGUGCUGAAGGACGAGAAGAUGGGCCUCAAGGUGUUCAACACGAAGCACCUGGAGGUGACGCUGCUGCACAUCAACUGGGAGUGCCCCUGCCCAAACGUGACGGUGUCGGAGGAGCGCCUGCUCAUCAUGGGCCAAGUGUACGAGGGCAUGGCCGUGCUGUACCCAGACAGCUUCGUGCAGGCAGCCAUCGAGAGACGCACGAAGAAGAUUUACGAAAUGAUUUCAAAGAAUGCGUGCGACAAUUUGCAGCGCGUCGUCGAUUAGUUUCCAUUCACUAUUUGUUUUUUGAUCUCAGUUUGGUGGGAGGUUAAACUCAACCUACGUUCAACAUUAGAGGACACUUUAAAAUCAUAAGCCAGGGAGGGGGGAACCCGUGCCUCACCAGCUGCAUAUGGCCCAUUAUUUAAUAUCAUUUGGCCCAUGGCCGCUUCGGGACGGCCCACAAACGAUACUGAUCCAUCACUUGUAUACAUCUAAGUCGCACUAAUCGGAUACUGGAGGGGAAAUUUGUCAACCUGACAACAUUUUUUGCUUUAACUUUAGCACGAUUUGUGAGGGCCUCUUGAUUUUCGAUCAAUAGAAAAAGGUUUCCCAUUCCACAAUCCACCAGGUUUUGUAUUAGCACACACCAGAGGGUGCUCUGAAAGUUUUACGUCAAUUAAAUUGGCCUGCAGAGUUAAGCCAAUGAUUUUAGUACGAGGAGGGUAACAUAUGCGCACAUUGAAUGACCACACAGGGUGAAGUUGCUGGCGCUUUAAUACAGUGCUAACUCAUUGUGAAGAAGUAGAUUUUUUUUGAGUAGGUGAAACAUUUAACAAGUCUUUGAGUGAAAUAUUUAAAGUUUAAGUGGCUCAUCGGACAUGGGCCGUGGAGCCAUUAAUGUAACCAAUGGGCUGCUAUUUUUUAAUUUUAAUUGAAUGCAUAAUUUACACAUUUGAAUGAUGAAAAUAGAACAGAGGUGUGAAGUUCAAACACUAAAUAGAUACCCAUUGAAAGACAUCAAGUCUGCAUUAACCACACAUACUUGUGGUAAAAACAAAAAAUGCAAACAAAUAUGCUUUAAUGAUAUAUGCACUGUCCUUGAAACUGAUUGGCCUCACCAGAGACAACGUCUUUCAUGGCUUUGUCUCACGAGGGCGACAGACCAAAGGCUGUCAAAAGGCAAACAGUACAAGGACAAUGCAAACACCAAAGUAUUAAUAGCUCGGGUGAAGCAGUUAUAUCUACGGGACCCUAUAAUAUUAAAUGAUUUUAAAAAUACCUUGUUUUAUAAUUCAUUAUCUUGAUACUGCCAAAAGGGUCCCAUCGAUAUUAUUUACACCUAUUUAAGCACAGCUUUGAUACGUUACAUGAUUAGCAUUAAGUAACUUUAUAUGGUUUAUCAUUAGUAGUGUGAUAUUGUAGCAGUACAAAUUAAAGCAUAUGAUUGUAGCAGUAUGUAGUAUGCAUUAACUGCAGUAAGACUGUUUUUCUUGUAUUUAAGACUCAUGUUUCUGUUUCCCCCCGAUAUUAACUUAAGAUAUUGUUUUGCAUCGUGCCACUAAAUAUCAAAGUACCGUUACAUUCCUACACCUCUUACAGAAUUAUCGCCAUAUCUGUAACUUUGCCAUCAUCGAACAAAUGAAAGUAUUACGGAUUUGACAUAUUCUUUACAAGCGGUGAAGUAACAACACGAGUCCUAUAUUCAAUUACUGUACAAUGAAAACAUCAAAACUAUAAAAUAACGAUUGUACCGCACGUGUUGGCUACCAUGAUGUACGACGUUCACUUCCUGAAGCUCUCGGAUCGUAAGGCUGAAAGCUUCAUAACAAAGGUUUUUUGUGGAUUCGAUCGCAUAAAUAAAAGUGUGUCGUGAAACCUGCCACUACCGACAGAGCUAGUUAGUUAGGGGUUGUCACGUAAACGAAAGUUGCCAGUUAGUUGCUACUUCACAACACCGGUGUGUUGGAAAGUAAAUCAACAACAUUUACAAUUGACCUACCGUGACGUUUUGUACUCUGUACCCCAUAACGGCGAAAAUCUACGCAGCAGCAUAAAACUAGGAAGUAAUUUGUAGGGAACUAUUUGUGUAUUUCAUGUUUUGCUUUAAUGCCACACAUAUAAAACAAGACCUAUUCACUACCAUAUUUUGUUCUAGAGUACGUAUUCACACUCGUAUUUAAACAUUUAAUGAGGAUAACAACCAUUUUAUUCAUAAUACACUUUUUGGGUUUAGAUCGCGUUAUUUAUAAAUGUGUCGUAACCCUCCACCACCCGACACGGCCAAACAGUAAAACAUGUGUCACGUUUACUAAAGAUAAAUAGUUCACUACAUCAUUCUAGAUUUUUUUAUUUUAUUUUUUCACCUACGUGACUUUACCGAAAGUACCAAAGAGUAUGAUUUAACAUCAUUUACAAUUUUUGAGUACAACGUUUCGCUGGUAAUUACCAGCGUCAUCAUUUACCAUUUUUGAGUACAACGUUUCGCUGGUAAUUACCAGCGAAACGUCGUACUAACAAAAAUUGUUAAUGAUGUUAAACCACUCUUCAACACACCAGUUGGCUAAAGUAGUGAACUAUUUGUCUUUUGUUAACGUGACACAUUUUUGCUGAUUGGCCGGGUGGAGGGUUACGACACAUUUGUAAAUAACGCGAUCUAACCCAAAAAAGUUUAUUAUGAAUAAUAUUGGUCGCGAAAGCCUACGUGUUAAAGGAACCAUUUUAUUGAUGAUCCAUAUAUUGUAUGUUGUGUUUUGUACAGUAGAUUCUUUUUUACAUGCAUUAUUGAAAUGAACAACAAUAAA